AGAAAGAUUCUUCUUCCACCAAAAGCUUUUUUUGCCCAUUCGCCAUUUCCAAAAUCGAUUCUUUCAUUUUCCUUUUUCUCUCUCUAUCUCUUCUGGUUUUUUUGUCGUAUAUCUACUACGGCUUCAUAGCUAAACAGAUCAAACUCAAAGCUCAAGAUCAAAGAGCAAACCUAGAGUCAGAAGUCGGGUCGGGUUAGGCAACUGAUUGGAAGAAGCUAUGGCAGCAGCUACUGGUUCUUUGUCAUGGUUGGUGGUUGCAGUGGUGGUAGUGGCCCUCGCAGGGAGAGUUGCCGGAAAUUCAGAAGGGGACGCGCUCUACGCGCUGCGCCGGAGCUUGUCCGACCCGGAUAACGUGCUCCAGAGCUGGGAUCCCAAUCUGGUGAACCCUUGCACCUGGUUCCACAUCACCUGCAACCAAGACAACCAUGUUACCCGCGUGGACCUUGGAAACUCGAACUUAUCUGGCCAUCUGGUGCCUGAUCUUGGGAAGCUUGAGCAUUUGCAGUAUUUGGAACUUUACAAAAAUAACAUUCAGGGCACAAUUCCGGAGGAGCUUGGUAACUUGAAGAACCUUAUAAGUUUGGAUUUGUACAACAAUAAUAUCUCUGGAACUAUUCCUCCUUCAUUGGGAAAGUUGAAAAGUCUUGUAUUCCUGCGUUUUAACGAUAAUCAGUUAACCGGGAGAAUUCCAAGGGAACUUGCUAGUAUUUCUACCCUUAAAGUUGUGGAUGUAUCAAAUAACAAUCUCUGUGGAACAAUUCCAACUAGUGGUCCCUUUGAGCAUAUUCCACUAAACAACUUCGAGAAUAAUCCUCGGCUGGAAGGCCCGGAGUUGAUGGGGCUUGCAAGCUACGACACAAACUGCUCAUAAAGACGUCGUUGAAUUGACUCGUCGAACUGCCACUGUGUCUGGAGGUUUACAUAUUGUUUCCUUAAGUAAAUAGGUACCUCUGUACUGCCCUAAGAUGAUUGAAAGCUGUAACUUUAAUCAGUUACCGUUGAUGUAGGAUUGCUAUCAAGGUUGACAAAGAUUGUGUAAUAUUGUUAUAUUGUACUGAUGCCAACAGUAAAUUAUGGCCAUGUUGUUAGUCAAUCAUGUUGUUGUAUAUGUUGCUUGCU